AUGCCAGGUGACGACUUCGCCACGGCGCUCACGAAGCAUGGCCUCGGCGACGCGGCGACCGAGGGCUCACGCAGUCCUUCCUGGUCCAGCGAACCUUGCGACGAGUUUUCUACCAGCCACAGCGCGUUCUUCGACGCCGACCGUGUCAGCACUGCUUCGGCAUCGACGCACGUGGAAGAGGCCUGGGUACCGAACAGCCAGGAGACCAUGAUGAACAGCCUCGACAAGUGGCGCUUGUCAGCCGCCGCAGAGACGAUCGACGAUAUCCCCGAGCAGCUGGGCAGAUUAGUGCAGAACAAGGCUAAGAGCCUUGCCGAGAGCGUGAAGAUCGCGCUGGUCAUAGUGGAACAUGCCAUUCGCAGCAGGGGUGGCGGCGAAGAUGGCGUCGAUGCGGCCAUCGACCAUCUCGGCAAAAUCCCAGAGAUCAUCAGGAGGUCCUUUGACUCGAAGAUCGUGGGGGCGAACGGCGCGAUGCGGCUGGCGAUGCGGCUGAAGCGCAGCACCAUCGUGCAGAUGCUCAGGACCACUACCCCUGAUGGCCGAGAACUGGUAAGGCGGAUGUGGACCAUUCCCGAGGAGCUGGAGCAGAUCGUCGGGCAGGCGGUCGGCCAGGCCAUUUAA